CGCCCGCCCGCCGACUUCCGUUCUUUUGCUCUCCAACGCACGCGCCUACCACCACAGCCGGAGCAGCCGCCGCGACGCCGCGGCCGCUCUCCUGCCGGAAAGAUGGUCCACCUCUUGAAUUCCUACGUCGACAAGCGCGUCGUCAUCCUGACGACGGACGGGCGGUUCAUAAUGGGCACCCUGGUCAACUCGGACAACCAGUCCAACGUCAUCCUCACCAACGUUACGGAGCGGCACGUCGCGCCGCACGACGGCGACUCGGACACGGUCGACCGCCCGUCGGUCGGCGCCGAGAUCAUCCGCGGCGCCACCAUCCUCCUGGUCGGCCUGCUGGACGACGCGCUCGAGCAGUCCAUCAACUGGCCAAAGGUCCGCGGCGAGCCCAUAGGCGACACGUACAAUGCCUAGGCGUGGGUGGGGUGAGGGAUGGGAGGGGGGAUGUGCGCAGUGCCGAGGGAACCUGCAUGUUGUUCACGAUGAUACAUCAUUGGGUCUGUAAGUUCCGAUGCCUGUCGGGGCCGACCCCGAGGCGAACCAGUGAGCGGGACAAAAGAGGUUGGUUGACACGGAGCCAGAGCAACACGGAGCGCGGGCCCGUGCUCCGUGCUUUGUAGGGACUAUCUGUUUGUUGGGCUGCAGGGAGGAACAUGCACGGACAGACAUGACGUCAAACGGCAUGCGAGUUGAGCAAACAGCAAGUAGGAACACGGGAGACAAGGGCAGGGCGGUCAUGUCAUUUAUGAACUCGUUUCUAUAGUAUUUACCGAGAUACCCCCGAGUGGAAGAAGAGACAAAGGAGAAGAUGGAUAAAGCAAGCAAGUACUUGAGAAGGGAGGCUGGUGAAAAAAAAGAAGAAAAAAGCCCCCCGAUUGGUAAAAGAAUAAUUGCGUCGUAGUCCACCAGAACACCUGCCCUAUGAGUGAUUUAGCAAGAGACAAAACAAGCAACCAAGAGCCGCGUCGCCAC